AUGAUAGCAUCAUUAUUAUUCAACCAUCUCUUCAUUCCACUCUUAUUAUUAUCAUCCUCCACCUCCGCCGCUGAUAUAUUAAGCUGCGGCAACAAAGACGGUGGCACCGACGCCGACGGAAGAAAAUGGACUUCCGACGCAUCAUUCCUCGUUUCCCAGGAUAAAGGAUUAGAACUUGUAGCUCAAGUUCAAGAUCCUUCUCUUCCAUCAACUGUACCAUACAUGAACGCCAGAAUCUUCAAAACCGAAGCAUCUUACAAAUUCCCCGUUAACCCAACAUCUCGUUACUUCCUCCGUCUACAUUUCUACCCUUCACCAUACCCUAAUUUCAUCGUCUCAAACUCCUACUUCUCUGUCCUCGCCGGACCUCUCACCCUCCUCAGCAAUUUCAGCGCCUCCAUUUCCGCCCAAGCUCUAACCCAAUCAUACAUCAUGAAGGAAUACUCUCUUGCACCCAUUCACGCCGAUUCCUUAACAAUAACAUUCAAACCAUCAGAUAAAUAUAAAGACACAUUUGCCUUCAUCAACGGCAUCGAAUUGAUACCUUCCCCGGAGAUUUUCACCUCCGCGGAGUUAGUUGGGUUUCAGGACCAACCACUUGAUACUUCUUCCGCUAAUGUCGAAACCAUGUGGAGAUUGAACGUGGGUGGUCAGUACAUUUCUCCUGUUAAUGACACCUCCGGUCUUUCCCGGAGUUGGUACGAUGAUACGCCUUAUAUAAGCAGCGCCGCCCUGGGAAUAGCGAAACAAGCAGAUGAUAAUGUCACCAUUCAAUAUAAAAACAUGUCGGCUUCAAUUGCUCCUAUUGAUGUUUAUAGAACUUCUAGACAAAUGGGUUUGGAUGGAAAUGUUACUAGUAAAUUUAACCUGACUUGGACGUUUUCAAUUGAUGCUGGUUUUACUUACGUUCUUCGUCUACAUUUCUGUGAAUUCGAUUUAACUGCGAUUAAUCAGAGGGUUUUCAAUAUUUAUAUCAACAAUCAAACCGCAACGGAAGAUGCUGAUGUAAUCGCCUGGACCGGAGCAAAGAAUAUUCCAAUUUACAGAGACUACGCUAGCUUUGUGCCGGCCGGACAGAUUGAUUCAAAGCUUAGUUUAGCUCUCUGGCCGGACGUAAAUGCACGGCCGGAGUAUCUCGACGCCAUCUUAAACGGAGUUGAGAUAUUCAAGAUCAGUAAUAGCAAUUCAAGUUUGGCAGGUCCAAAUCCAACAAUAUCUGAUCUUAUGCAACAACAAUUACUCGAGGAGGAAGCGAGAAAACCCUCGUCGACAGCCAGCCGCGUCACCAAAGUCAUAAUCGGAGGCGCGGCUGGAGGCGCCGCGGUGGCAUUUGCGUUCGUUGCGACUGCGGUUUUCGUGGCCAAGAGAAAGAGGGCUUUACCGCCGGGGAGUCAGUCGCGCUCACGUUCUUCAAGUUGGUUGCCGAUUUACGGGGGUUUCUCCACUGCCUCCGGUGGUGGUAGUAAAUCGACGAUUUCUGGUAAAAGUCACGCCGGCACGAAUAUAUCUAGUGACGCCGUCGCGAACUGUCGCUAUUUCUCCAUAGCAGAGAUCUAUCAAGCGACCAAGCAUUUCGAUGAAUCUAACGUUAUCGGGGUUGGUGGGUUUGGUAAGGUGUAUAAAGGAACCAUCGACGGGAAUGUCAAAGUUGCAAUCAAGAGAUCAAAUCCGUCGUCGGAGCAGGGAGUGAACGAAUUCCAGACAGAGAUCGAGAUGUUAUCGAAACUCCGGCAUAGACAUCUCGUUUCCCUAAUCGGAUUCUGCGAAGAAGACGGAGAAAUGGCGUUGGUUUAUGAUUUCAUGGGAAAAGGUACAAUGAGAGAACAUCUUUACAAAGGAAACAAGAUUAUCCUAUCAUGGAAACAGAGACUGGAGCUUUGUAUAGGUGCAGCCAGAGGACUCCAUUAUCUCCAUACCGGCGCUAAAUACACCAUCAUUCACAGAGACGUUAAAACCACAAACAUUCUUCUCGACGACAAAUGGGUCGCUAAGGUUUCUGAUUUCGGGUUAUCGAAAACCGGACCAAACAUGAACCAGGGACAUGUCAGCACCGUCGUAAAAGGAAGUUUCGGUUAUCUCGACCCUGAAUACUUCCGAAGGCAACAACUGACUGAGAAAUCCGACGUUUACUCGUUCGGUGUCGUGCUUUUCGAGGUUAUUUGCGCGAGGCCGGCCUUGAAUCCUAGUCUUCCUAAAGAACAAGUUAGUUUAGGGGAUUGGGCUCUUAAUAACGUGAGGAAAGGUACUUUCGAAGAUCUGGUUGACCCGCACUUAAAGGGGAAGAUAAGCCCGGAAUGCAUGAAGAAAUUCGUGGACACUGCUCAAAAAUGUCUUGCAGAUCAUGGAGUAGACAGGCCUUCCAUGGGUGAUGUGCUUUGGAACCUGGAAUUCGCGCUUCAGAUGCACGAGAAUCCCGAAGGCAGUACAAAGAAGGCUUCUUCUGGUGCGACAGGAAACACGGAACAGGACCACGACAAGAACAAUGACGAGAAAGUGAUGGAUCAAAGCAGCAUCUUGGCUAUGCACAGGAAUACAUUGAGCUUAAAUGAUCAAGAUUUUGUUGAACAGAACGAGAAUAACACCGAUGAAGUAUUCUCGCAAAUUGUUAACCCGAAAGGACGAUAAUGCAGAUUGGUGGCUCGAUCGUGUCAACCGUUUAUCUCGAUCUCUCAUAUGCUUGCUUGAUUGGACAGGAAUUUGUUUAUACUUGUCUAUGAUCAUCUUAAGUUUUUAUACUACAAUGAAUAUUUGUUUAGUCUUUUCAAUUUUUCCCUAUUGUGGAAAGAAUAUUGAAACUUCAAAUUAAUUAAUACACCUACUAAUGCAACAUUGCUCUAA